CCUCCUCGGUUGUCGUCGCCAGCCAGUCAGCCCUGCUGGGCUCAUCCCAGCCGUCCUUUUCUUCCUCCUUCCUCCCUCUCGCACGAUGGAGUUUACUGAAAGGAAGAGGAGCAGGAAAUCCCAAAGCUUUAAACUGAUCAAUCAAGAUUACCAUCACGAGGCAUACAAAAUAUCUGACUACAGUAAUGAUGUUAACGGGGAGGCCAACGACGUGCAACCAUUUCAUUUAGGAGAUGAAAGCCGGGAAAUUAAAAAACAAAUUACAGGGAUGAGAAGAUUACUGAAUGACAGCACUGGAAGAAUCUAUCAGCGGGUUGGCAAAGAAGGAGAGAAGCUGAAGGAAGAACCCCAGGAUUUAGACAUGGCCUGGACUCCACGCCUGAACCCCUCUACAGAUACCCAGGCAAACCUUCAUCCAUCUCCAAGUAGUGCAUGGAAUGAAUUACCUGCUCAGACUAGCCACUUUUCAGGACAGUAUGGAACUCGUUCCAAAACAUUCCAAAACCAAGCAAGAACUGUGGGUUCGAAUGGAGAAAUUCCGGCAGCCAAUUCCUCAGCUGGCUCCAACUGUUGCACUUGUAACUGCCAGCCGGCAUUGCAGGCCAUUCUUCAGGAGCUUAAGACCAUGAGAAAAAUAAUGCAAAUUCAAGCAGUUGCUGCUCAGAACAGACAACAGCCUCCCACUCCUUUGGUCAGUGCACAGAAAUCAACAGUGACAAGGAAGAGAAAUAAAAAGAGAAAAUUACCCCCAAAGACUAUUGAACCUCAAACUGUGAAUAAGAAACCCAGCACUGUUGAAAAUGAAAAAAAGCUAUCAGCAAAUGCUGAAAGGUCCAGCCUGGAAGCAUCUGAUUCCUCCUUGAAAUUGGAGCCGCAGGUUUCAGGAUUUGGCAUCGUCCUUGAGUCGUCAGCUUCAGAUCCAGAAGUGCAACUUGCUGAGGGCUUUGACGUCUUCAUGCCCAAAUCCCAACUGGACUCUAUCUUAGCCAAUUACACUCGCUCAGGAAGCCUGCUGUUUCGAAAGCUGGUGUGUGCGUUUUUUGACGACAAGACUUUGGCCAACUCCUUACCCAACGGCAAGAGGAAAAGAGGCCUCAAUGAUAACCGAAAAGGACUAGACCAAAAUAUUGUGGGUGCAAUCAAAGUGUUCACGGAAAAAUACUGCACUGCAAACCAUGUGGAUAAACUGCCUGGCCCAAGAGAUUGGGUGCAGAUUCUGCAGGAUCAAAUCAAACUGGCAAGAAGACGGUUAAAAAGAGGUUCAGCAGAGACAACAGACUGUGAUGAGAUAUUGGACACUUCUCUACUACAAACAGGUAGCCUCUUUGAAGCCACACAUUGUGUACCAGUGUUUCAUUAGCAGAGCCUCCACCUUUAAGUCUCAGCAGGAUACCAGCAACCUUUUCAAACUACUUCAGAAUCCAUAUUCUACUCCAUCAUGGCCUCAGUCUUGCGUUCUUUUCAUGCUUCUGUAAGUGGGAUAAUAAAGCAACCAAAUCAAUUCCUUUAUUUUUAAAUGAGAAUAGUCGUGUUCAGCAGCAACGAUAGUUUGCAGUUAAUCUGGUAAGCACUGUAAUAGAACAGAUUUUGCCUUUAUUAUUGUAUUUUCCCACAUCAAUGUAUGCAUGCUGGCUAUUUCUUUCAUCUC